AAUAGACUAAACAGCAAGCACAGCAAAUUUAGCAGGAGCACGGAAUUUAACGAGGCUUCCCUCUCUUCAAUGGAAAAGUCUACGUUAGCAAAGGGAAGUUCAAAUUAUAAUCCACGCAAUCUGAAACAUCACAUAUUCAACAGGAGUGAUUUUGAGUAUGAGUACCACAAUGAAGGCCAAAUAGUCAGAGAAAAUCUGUUUGGAGAAUCAGAUGAGGAUGACUCAUAUAACGAAGCUGUGAGAGGAUCCAGUCCUACUGCUGCUAAAUAUAAUCAACCUGAGAUGUAUCAAUCUGAGGAGUAUAGCCGCAGCUCUGAUACAGUUAAGCCUAGUUAUAUGUUUCAUGUGAAUACUCGUAUUUGGAGAAAUCAUCUCAGAUUAAAUUACGCGCUCAGAGUUUUCCUAAUACUGUCCAUUGUUGUGAUAUCUCUAUUCACUUCCUUCCUCAAGCUGAGAUAUGUUGACCUCAAAGCUGGACAUACUUACAAAUAUAACUUUGGCCCUAUCUUUUUCUCUCUUGAUGGCUCAUGGCAUUUUGUUGCUGAGAUCUAUUACUGUCAACCUCAUAUUUUCCCUGGAGAAUUUUGAGAAUCUGGAGAUUACAAGUUUGUGUCAAUUGCAGCAGGAGUUUAUAAUUUCGGGACCUUCCUCGUAUUCCUGGUGUACAUUGCAAGUCUUGUACUUCCAAGAAGGAAUAUUGAUAGACUCAAUUGGCUCGGAUUAACAUCUAUCUUCCUCACCUUUACAUGCAUUGUCUUAAUAGGCAAUAUUUUUGAAAGCUUAUCCUUUGGAUUUUACUCUAUGAUUGUAAUCAUCAUUGUUGCUGCUUUCACUCAAUCCCACUUCCUCUACAGCACAAGGAAGCAGAGGAGGAAUUCGUUGACAAACCAACUCCUCGAAGCAUAGAUUUCACAUA